AUGUCUGCAGACAAGAAGUGGAAUUCUGGCGCUGAUGCUGCCGAUGACGAUGACGACGAUAGUCGGGAUGAGACUGAAUUCCAAGCAAUGAAAGAUGCCACCCUCUUCGCCAUCGAAAUUUCAAACUCCAUGAUUGCUCCCGUAGAUGAGGACGACGACGAUGUCGCCGGUGGAUCUAAAAAGAAGAAGAACAAGAAACCCAGAUACAGCAGCGCCGAAGCUGCUUUAAGAUGUGCCGAAGCCAUUCUCAAGAAUCGUAUCAUCUCUACACCCAAUGAUAUGAUGGGUAUAUUACUAUUUGGCACGGAGCAGACAAAAUAUGGCGAAGGGUCUAGCAAUAUUAGUUACCCGAACUGCUAUUUGUUAAUGGACCUGGAUAUACCGGAUGCGCCGAGUAUCAAGGAAUUGAAGUACCUACUCGACAACCCCGAUGAGCUCUCCGAAAUACUCAAACCGUCGAAGAAACCAGCAAGUAUGGCAAAUGUCUUAUUUGCUGCUAACCACCUUUUUACCACAAAAGCCGCAAACUUCAAUUCCCGCCGUCUCUUCAUAAUCACCGACAAUGACAACCCAGAGACCGACAAAUCUGCUCGCGCGUCCGCCCAAACCCGUGCCCGCGACCUCUACGACCUCGGAGUCCGGAUCGAACCAUUCUUCGUCUCCUCCCCCACCCAUCAAUUCGACAAAACCCUCUUCUACACCGAUAUAAUGUACGACACCGGCGAAGAUACAACUGAAAACCUUCCAGACGCCGAAGAAGUCGCAAAAGCAACCGACGCCGAAAGCCGAUAUGAACAAAUGUUAUCAGCUAUAACCGCCAAACAGGCUCCACGGAGGGCGCUAUUCACUUUAAAAAUGGAAAUCGGUAAAGGAUUCGUCAUCGGGAUCAAAGGAUACCUUCUUCACAAACGUGUCACCCCUUCUCGGUCCCACUACAUCCACGAACAAGGCGAAAAGCUCCAGAUAGUGAAAGGCACCACAACCCGUAUGGACGAAGAAACAGCCCAAGAAGUAACCCCGGACCAAAUCCGCAAAGCCUACAAAUUCGGCGGCGAAACCGUCUCAUUCAGUGAUGAAGAAUUCAAGAAAAUUCGAAACUUCGGUGAUCCUGUCUUGAGAAUCCUGGGUUUCAAACCACAAACUGAAUUACAAUUUUGGCAUAACAUGAGGAGUUCGACGUUUAUUUACCCUAGUGAAGAGGAUUAUACGGGUUCUACACGUACUUUUGCCGCGCUGAGGAAUAAACUUCUGAAGGACAAGUUAAUGGGUAUCGCAUGGUUCAUCGCUCGACGCAAUGCGGCGCCAGUGAUGGCAGCUAUCAUUCCUUCCGAGGAACCACAGGGGAUGUUCAUCAUCCCUCUACCAUUCGUUGAUGACAUAAGACAAAACCCAGAAGUACCACACGUCGUCGCACCGAACUACUUGAUCGAUAGAAUGCAAGAUAUCAUCAGGCAGCUUCACAUGCCCAAGGGCUAUAUACCGGAAAAGUAUCCAAAUCCAGCGUUACAGAAGCAUUAUAAAGUAUUAGAAGCGAUUGCUCUAGAAGAGGAAUUACCAGAAGAGUUUGAAGAUAAAACGGAGCCGAAGUAUAAAAAUAUUGAGAAGCAUGCCGGACAAUAUAUCCAAGACUGGGGGGAUGCCUUAUCGCAGGCGAUGGCCGAGUUCAGGUUGACGAAACCGGCACAAGUUGAGAUCCAUGGGACUAAGAGAGGGCGGGAGCCGGCCGGUGCGGCGGCGGCGAAGAAGGUUAAGAAGGAUGUUGACAGUGGACCUGGCGAUGCCGAUAAGGAGAUGAGAGCGGCGUAUGAUAAGAAUACGCUUAGCAAGUUAACGGUGGCGGUACUGAAGGAUUGGCUGAAUUCGAAAGGAAUGUCUGUUGCCGGAAAGAAGGCGGAUCUGGUUGAGCGGAUUGAAGAACACUUUGAGAAUAAGUGA